GCGUGUGGGUGCUUAGGGUGUAGGAGAUCUAGUGCACAGUGAUGUGUAAGGCCUAUUAAAAUUUUUUGAGUAUGAACAUUUUAGAUCUUCCAAAUGAACUUUUAGAAUACAUAACUUCAUUUCUUGAAGUUAAUGCAAUAGUUUGUUUAAGCAAAACAUGCAGGCGUCUUCAUGAAAUAUCGAGUAUAGAAUCAUUAUGGCAGGCUCUUUGUCAGAAAGAUUACAAUGUGAACAGCUCAUCUGGAUGGAAUAUUACUUACCGUGAUAUCUACACAAAAGUUUUAAAAAAGUGUGAUUUCCUUGGUUGGAAGCGUUUAGCCUUACUGCCCUAUGGAGGACUGGUUCAUGUUUGUUGGGCGGAAGGAGAAAUUCAAGUGAAUGCUUACAAACCGUCCCAUAGAGAAGAUGCUAAACAGCCAUUCAAGCGUAAACAGCUCUUCUCCAUUAGGUGGAACAGAGAGCUAAAUGUCGUAGAAGUUUACUGUAUGCAGCAUAGAUCAGGUCCUAAGCUCAGCUCAUUAACUCAGAAUGGCAACUACCCGUUGGUACAGUGCCUUGAUGAUCAUAGCCAUAAGAGCAGUAGAAAUCAAUACAAAUCAAACAGCAAGUUUCCCAGAGGGUUUCUAGACCAUCCUGAUGCAUUUCAUGGGUGUAAUUUGAUAACAGGGUCCAACCUGCCAUUACUUCCCCUUAGUUUCCCCUCAAGAGAUGAACAAGCCCCCAUAAAGCUGGGCCUGUACACAGCAAGCUAUGGCCCCCACGGAGUUGAAAUUCUAAACUUCAUGUUUAAAGAAAAUGAUCCUUUUGUCAUUGAGGGCCUUAAAAUAAGUGGUGAUCCCAACGUACCAGCUGGUAACGUGAGUGUCACCAUCUUCCUGAAGAAACCCAUGGUGCUCACCCUAGAUGACCAGCAGUCCCUGGACUCACUGCUCGAGGCGGACAGUCGGCUGACCGAUGCCAGCUUCCAGGCGCUCUUCAAUGCAAACAGCCUUAACACUGACCAGAGGCAGCCAUUUUCUUUACCCUUUCAGGUCUUUGAUCAGUUUGAGGCCCUUCCCAACUUCUGCUUAGCCAGGUUUGCUGCUGAAGGUAGGAUAGCAGGCCAUAUGUUUACCACACCCAGUUACUGUCGCUGUCAUUUUGUCAAGUUUUCUGACACAGUUUUUGCCGUUCUUUGGCUUGAGUUGUACUCCUUUAGUAUGUUUUAUAAGGCAGAGUUACCCAAACUUUGACAUAAGACAGAGUUACCCAAACUUUGACAGUUUUAUAAGGCAGAGUUACCCAAACUUUGACAGUUUUAUAAGGCAGAUUUACCCAAAUUUUGACAAUUUUAUAAGGCAGAGUUACCCAAAUUUUGACAGUUUUAUAAGGCAGAGUUACCCUAACUUUGACAGUUUUAUAAGGCAGAGUUACCCAAACUUUGACAGUUUUAUAAGGCAGAGUUACCCAAAUUUUGACAGUUUUAUAAGGCAGAGUUACCCAAACUUUGACAGUUUUAUAAGGCAGAGUUACCCAAAUUUUGACAGUUUUAUAAGGCAGAGUUACCCAAACUGACAGUUGGUUUUAAAUACACCUUUGUAAGAAACAUUGAAACAAAUGUUUUUUAAUUCAAAUAAAAUUGUUUAAAAUAAGUUUAGAAUUUACCAAUAGAACAAUGUAAAUUAGUUUUACUGCACACGUGGAUCACAACAGUGAUUUGUUUAAGAAGCUGAUAAAACAAAUUAGUUUAGUAGCAAAAA